GGUGGCACAAGCCUCGAGCGAGAACUUUAGUUUCCGGCUCAGUCUUCAACUGCUUAGCGGCCAGGACACACAGCUAGUCAGCGGAAUAAAUCAGCGCCUCUUCCCGAACAGCCAAGAUGAUACCGCAAAACGAGAAUCCGCCUUCGAUCCAGGAUACUUACAUUGAGGAACCCCAGUUCUCUGACCACUGUGGCCAGAGUCGUUGUGGCCAGGCACAGACUGCCUUGGAGGUCUAUCAAAGAAUCCUGCAUCGAAUUCAUAACCAGCCCCAAGAAAACGACACAAAAGCUAGUGAAAACGAUCUGAUGAAGCAGAUUUGGCUGGCCAGCUUUACGGGCAGGCCCAUACAAUAUAAUUGUUAGUUAAAGAAGCCCCACGAUUGCAAUACCAUUGUUAAAUAUAUACAAAUAAAUUUAUAAGUUUAAAAACCGAAUUCAAAGUGGCUUACAGUUGAUCUAAAAUAUGCUCAAUCCGAAAAAGUAAAAUUACAAAAGAUAAGAUAAGAUAUUUUUUUAAACCUUUAUUAGUUUGUCCUUAGUUUAAAUUCCUUAUCACUAAAAAGUAGAGCUACUUACCCAUAGCUUAGAUCUGAAACAAAACUGUAUUAGGAAAGAAGUAUGAAAUUUUUUAGUUAUGCAGCAACUUUAAUUGUUUAUUAAUUUUCUGUUUGGUUCAUUUAUAAAUUCAUAAUGGUUUAUUAACUUAUUUUCAAACGCCUUUUAAUGUCUUGUAGUCCAAAAUGGAUUUUGAUCUGCACUUAUUUUCAUUUCAUUAAACAAUGUGAUAAUUUCAUCCCGUUU